AUGGCCCCCCGCGCGCUGCCCUGGGCGCUGACGCUGCUGGGCGCCGCCCUGGCCCUGGGCCCCGCGCCCGGCCCGGAGGCGCCGGAGAGGCUCUGCGGCCACCGCUUGGUGCGGGCUCUGGUGCGCGCGUGCGGGGGUCCGCGCUGGUCCCCCGAGGAGGCGCGGUCCGCGGCGGGCGGCGACCGGGAGCUGCUGCAGUGGUUGGAACAGCGACACCUCCAGGAUCUGGUGGCCGACGGGGACAUGGUGCUGCCUAGGAGCCGCCGCAGCCGGGCUGCUGACCCCAACCCCGCCCAGCACUGCUGCCUCCACGGGUGCGCCCGCCGCAGCCUGCUGGCCCUGUGUCCACGCUGA